AUUGUCUCAAGUUGAAAUUGACUGGAAGUCUAUUCCAUUGAAAAAUGAUCUAAACUCUACCAUGCGAGAGGCAUUUCUGGCAAAGAUUUCACAUCUUGACCUUGGAGAAGAGCCAGAAUUAGAAGAGAUAUGGCUUCCCACAGUGUCGAUCCCAAACAAGUGCUUCAGUGAGUUGGUCUCUUUGACUGUGGUCGGUUGCCAAUUUUUAUCAGAUGCAGUACUGCCCUCCCAUUUACUUCCUUUGUUUACUGAAUUGGAAACAUUGGAAGUUCGAAAGUGUGAUUACGUGAAAACCAUAUUUGAUGUGAGCACAGAAAUGACAACUAUGGGACCACCUAUUUUCCCCCUCGAGAUAUUGACUUUAUCAGAGCUACCAAAUCUGGAGAAUAUUUGGAAUGGAGAUCCUCAUGGAAUUCUAAGUGUGAGGACAUUGACUCUAUGUGAUUUGCCUAAGUUCAAGUAUAAUGGUACAUGUUGCACUCGUGAUGCAACAACAACAUCUGAGGUUUGAGCUUUAUUCUUAUUAAUACAUUCAAUCUUACAUAGAUUCUUACACACACCACUCUAUUUUAUCAUAUAUCAUAUUAUUUCAAUGAAC